AUGGCUUCUUCAAUACUUCCCUUCACCUCUGCAUGCACACAAACAGCUGCUACGUCCACCAACACAUUCUUAACUCCUUCUUCCACCUUCCUCUCCAAUUCCAAACCCUUCUCCCAUCGAUCCUCCAAGAACCAAAACCACCAGGGUUUCAGAGUCUCAUGCAACGUUGCACCGGCAGAUCAUGACGACGAUAAUAAUAAUCCGAAAUCACUCAUAAUCCCAGCAACCCAAAAGCUCAUACUGCCCAAUGUCGACCGGAGGAAUCUUCUCGUGGGCCUCGGCGGCCUCUAUACCACCGCCAACUUCGCUUCCUUGCCGCUCGCAUUAGCUGAACCCAUAACAGCUCCUAACAUCUCAAGCAGUUGCAAGACCGCCGCCAUGGGAAUCGGCAACAUGAAAGACGCUGUAAGGACCCGAGCCUGUUGUCCGCCGGGAAAAGAYAAGCCCAUUAAGAGUUUCGUGUUUCCUCAAGAAAAAACAGUGAGAAUGAGAUGGCCGGCGCAUAGGGGCACUACAGAAGAUGUGGACAAAUAUAAGCAAGCAAUCCAAGCCAUGAGGGAUCUUCCAGACGACCACCCACACAGCUUCGUGCAACAAGCUAAAAUYCAUUGUGCUUACUGCAACGGAGGUUACACUCAAGUCGAAAAUGGCUUCCCAGAUAUCGAUAUCCAGAUUCACAACAGCUGGCUCUUCUUUCCUUUCCAUCGUUGGUACUUGUAUUUCUAUGAGAGAAUCCUUGGAAAGUUAAUAAAGGAUCCCACAUUCGCCUUGCCCUACUGGAAUUGGGACAAUCCCACCGGAAUGGUGAUUCCUGCCAYCUUUGAAGAAGGCGGGAAAGGCACCAAGGAUAAUCCAAAUUCUCUCUUUGACGCUUACAGAGACGGCCGUCAUCUCCCRCCGGAAAUUGUUGAUCUGAACUACAGUGCAGAGACKGAUGCUACUUGUAUAGAGCAGAUAGGCAUCAAUCUGGCCACAAUGUACAGACAGAUGGUCUCCAGCGCCACUAGUGACACACUUUUCUUCGGUGGCAAAUACGUAGCUGGAGAUGCGCCGGUUGCAAAUGGUGCCAAGUCAAUCGGGUCCAUUGAAGCCGGUUGUCACACCGCCGUGCACCGGUGGGUAGGUGACUCGAGAAUGCCGAACAAUGAGGACAUGGGAAACUUCUACUCCGCCGGAUAUGACCCUUUGUUCUACAUCCACCAUACGAACGUCGACCGCAUGUGGAAGAUAUGGAAGGAUUUGGGCAUUCCAGGACACUCGGAACCAACUUCAAGUGACUGGUUAAAUGCUUCGUAUGUGUUCUAUGACGAGAAUGAGGAGCUUGUGCGUGUUUACAACAAAGAUUCCGUCAAGAUAGAGAAUCUAAAGUACGGUUACGAAAGGUCCGAGAUCCCAUGGCUGAAGGGUCGACCAGUCCCACGUAGCAAAAACUCCAAAAUUGCAUCCAAAUCCAUCGGAAAGGURAAGAAGGUGCAGGAUGUGAAGUUCCCGGUGAAGCUAGACAAGACUGUGGAGGUUCUUGUGAAGAGGCCGGCUACCAACCGAACUUCUGCGGACAAGGAGAAGACGACGGAGGUGUUGUUGAUCAAUGGAAUCCUGUUCGACAGUGAAGAGUUUGUGAAGUUCGAUGUGUUUGUGAAUGACAAGGAAGACGGUCGGCCGAGCUCACCAUCUGAUAGUGAGUUUGCCGGAAGUUUUUCGCAGGUUCCACACAGCGAUAUGAACAAAAUGUUGAUGUCGAGUGCAGCGAAGUUCGGGAUAACGGAGCUGUUGGAGGACACGGAGGCUGAAGGCGACGAGUUUGUAUUGGUGAAACUGGUACCGAAGGUAGGGUGCGAAGAUCUGACCAUUUCCGAGAUCAAGAUCGAGUUGGUUUCUAAUGCUUAAUUAAUUAAUGUAGUAAUCGCAAUCCUUUGCGUAAUUUGGUGUUUUAUUGAACGUAAUUAUGGUUGGCCAUGCACUGCAUCCCACUUGAAUAAUGAACAGUAAUUGUUGAUC